GAAGGAAAGCAUACUGCAUAUGAGACCUGGUGAAUGUGGAUUUCGAAGGGAGGGAAACGACGUUGCGUUCACGAAAGUUUGAGACGGAGUACAAUAACAACGGAAUGUCUGUUUUCUUAACCUCAUUGGCUAUAGUAGUUGCUGUUUAUGUAUUAAUUUAUUACAAUGUAUUCAAAGGUUCAAGAUGCACAAGCAAUGUGAGGUUCAAGGGGAAAACUGCGAUUGUGACGGGGGGAAACACGGGCAUCGGGAAGGCUACGGCCAUGGAGCUGGCCAGGAGAGGGGCGAGGGUCGUCUUGGCCUGCCGUAACAAACAGAGAGCAGAAGCCGCCGUUUUUGACAUCAGGAGGGAAAGUGGCAAUAAUGAGGUGGUCUACAUGCAUCUGGACCUGGCCAGUCUUAAGUCUGUGCGCUCGUUCGCCGACACCUUCCUGAAGACCGAGCCCAGACUGGACCUGCUCAUCAACAACGCGGGCAUGAUGGGGCCGGGAAGGACAGAGGAUGGCUUCGGCAUGGCGUUUGGGGUGAACCACCUGGGCCACUUCCUGCUGACUUGCCUGCUGCUGGAGCGUCUGAAGCAGGCAGGGCGGAGCCGCGUGGUCAAUGUAGCAGCCCUCCUCCACCGCCUGGGCACCAUCGACUUUGCCACCCUCAGCACCCACUGUGACCUGGUGACCGGCCAGUCCGGCUGGCACAGCUUCCGAGCCUACUGCCACAGCAAGCUGUGCAAUGUGCUCUUCACCCGUGAGCUGGCCAAUCAGCUUGAGGGCACUGGCGUCACCUGUUAUAGUCUGCACCCAGGGGUGAUUAACACUGAGUUCUGUCGUCAUAUGGCCCUGUGGCAAAGACUCCUCUUCCUGCCUUUCGCCAAGUUAUUCUUCCUGGAUGCUGAGGCAGGUGCCCAGACCACCCUGCACUGCGCCCUCCAGGAGGGCAUUGAGCCCCUGAGCGGCCGUUACUUCUCCUCCUGCGCCGUGCAGGAGUUGAGCGCCAAGGCACGGGAUGAUGCGGUGGCCAGGAAGCUGUGGGAAGUGAGCGAGAGGCUGAGCGGCCUGUCCUGAGAGCAGGCUGCUGGGCCUUGACAGAGAGCAAACCAUUCAGUGCUGAGAGCCUCUGGUUCUUGUUUGCAGUGUUUUGCAAUGGGAUAUUCACCCCAUCCUUUUUACAAAACUGCUUUACAACACUGUUUUUUUUUGUAUUCUGCUCAAAGUUUUUUUUGAAAGCAUGCUUUAAAAAAUGGCAUUUAAGUUUGACAUAAAGCUUAAACGGGAGGAGGGGGUCAGUCAUGGGUUGAAUUUCUCUUGGGUUGUUAAUAGGAGUGUUAAUGCUUUCCCCCUUUUUCACCCUAAAUUUGGCAUUGCCAUUUUGUACAUCAUGCUCCCCCCACCACAACAUCCUCUGGUCUCAUGCAGUGAACGGACAUUUAUCUACACUGCAAGUCCCAUGGUGCGCCACAGCUGAUCAAGCGCUGCAUAGAGGAUAAGUGCAUUUUGUAUGACAUCAUCUUAAUUACUCGCUUGUACCUGAUUGCAGCCAGUUGUGUUCCUCUGCUGACUCCUGUGUGUUGUCAGCUGGACAGAGCUGGACUUGAACUCACAAUGUCUUGGGCUUUAGGGCUCAGUGUGAACAGGUGUGAACCCCUAAUGUCAAAUUCUGUUGCUUUUACAGAUCACACUGAAAAUAAUAAAUAUAACACUAUGUAUAAUGAACACUAAAUAUGUAAAUGUUUUAAGUUCAUAUGAAUGGGACUGGAGACAGCAUGACCAUAAUUAAAAUUAUGAUUUCAUUUGGGCUUUUUUAUCAGCCUUUUAUUUUUAACCAGUUAGUUCUGUGUUAUAGAAUGAUGUGGAGGUACAGAUUAGAGUAGUUAACAGGUGAGUUGGAUGAAAAAAUGUUGCCUAUUGGGGCCAAUCAUGAGCGAUUGAUGCUAUCAUUAUAAUUUCCGACUAUCAUUAUCUCUCCCAGUGUACUGGACUGUAGUGUGUGGCAGGUGGAAUGCUGCAUGAGAAAUUCAUGAUGCAAAGGCGGGGAAUAUGGACUCAAUACAUGCACCAAACGCUUGGGCACUCCGCUCAUGUGAUCUACACCCACUCUUUUGAAGUGAACUCAGUUAAACGGAUUCGAUAUUCAGGUAAGGACUGAAUUCAGGUUUGCAAUACAGAGCAUCAGAAAGUGAUUCUGAUUAGAAAAACAAGUGAAAACUUUAAAAGAGCAGAAAUUCCUGCAUGAAUAGGUCACUUUAUUUAGAAAAUAGGCAACCUGUAGAUGGGUUAUUAUACUGUGGCUGAGUACAGGUGGCAGGAAUUAAUCAAAGUGUGACUGCAGAAAUCAGUUGGUGCAUAAUUAUUGCUCAUUGUAGGCUAUUUAUCAUUUAUCAUUAACCAAAUACACCUGCUUCUGUUAGCUACCCAGACACGAAUUAAUGAGCUGUAGUAUUCAA